UAAAAGAUAGACAGAAUGUCAUUCAGUAAAACGUCGUUAAAGGAGUCCACCUCAACUAUACCCCGGAACAGGAAGUCUACCAUUAAAACGAAAUCUUUCAUGGAGUCAACACUGAGCAUCUCAACUGUGGCCGAGGACUCGUGGCAUACCAGUGCAAGGGAGGUAAGAGAAGACAGACGAGCACAGCUGACAAAAGUUCACCGUUUUCUGUUCUCGAUCGUCUCCCAUUACCUCGGUUUUCCAGACGAUGAGGUGGAAGAAUUCAUUGUUGAUGUCCAGCAGUACAUAAGAGUGCUAGAGGAUUUCAGCAGGGGACGAGGAAGUGACGUCGUUCUGUUUAUGUACACUCUGCUUCCGCCCAUAUCUUUUGCCGAAUGUGGGCGAUCGCUUACGAAUGUGGUCAAAGAAAAGGAUAAACCAGUCAUGCGUGUCAGCGUCCUCAAUCUGGAAACUCAUGACAACGAGAUCAGUGGCAAAUGUGUCUACUUCCUGAAGAAAACUGCCUCCGACCUGGAGGACAAGACAAUCACAGAGGCUUUUACUUGUGGCUCAUUGAACAUAAAGGAAAAUAUGACAGUCUUAGGUGUUUUGUCUAGAACUGUGGACAUGGUUCAUAUCAAAGCUAUGAAAAGAUUAAAGAUAUUUAAAGACACGAAAAGGAAGCCCCUCCCUGAUUCCAAAUGUGUCCACAACGAAAUGUUUGUGAGAACGGAAGACUUUUGCCGGCAUUUGGUUUGGGGUGAGUCACAUGUGUUGGAAACUAUUGGUCUGGGUCAACUAGAGAAUCAUAGCAAGAUGUGUGUAAUUGACUCUGUCAACACUGUUAAUGACUGCAUGACUGGAGCUAUGAACAAAUCUACAGUUCUUAUUUUUGAGGAGAUAGCGAAACUGUGGUGUGAUCAGGUGGAAAUAAUGUUGCUUCAAGCUUCCAGUAUACAAAGAGAAGCUGAUGAUAAUGGCCCAAUCAAAGAGCUUGAAUUCUGGCUACAGAGGUCAGCCCAAUUCGGCUAUCUGGUGCAACAGAUCCGCUCACAGCGGGCGCGAAUGGUGUUCCAUCUUCUCUACAUCAGCAAGUCUCCAAUCAUGGCCAGAUGGAGAGAGCUAGAUAUGAAAGUGACAGACCAAUCCAAUGAGGCCAGGGACAAUGCCAAGUACCUAUACAUACUUGAGAAGUACUGUGAGCCUCUUUAUAGGUGUCAGCCUCAAAAUUUGAUUGAAAACAUAUCAGGAUUAAUAGGAGCCAUCAGAUUAAUUUACAAUUAUUCCCACUACUAUACCAGUCCAGACACAGUGUCCAGAAUAUUUGUCAAGAUCACUAAUCAGAUAGUGACUGCAUGUAAGAACUAUAUUUCUGAUGAUGGCUUUACAAAACUGUGGGACUUACCAAAACAAGAUCUGCAGAAUAGAAUCAAGGAUUGUCUGAAACUGUUCCAGACAUACAUUGACACAUACAAAGCAACUAAAAAGAAAAUUGCCAUUGAGAAGAAUGAGCGACCUUUUGAUUUCUCAGAAAUGUACAUAUUUGGGAAAAUCUUUGUUUUUCAAGCAAGACUGGAGCAGAUAUUAAAUCUGUUUGACAAUGUGACUACCUUCAGUGUUCUGGAGGUGUCAAGAAUCGAAGGAUUGGAUACUUAUGCUAAUAAAUACAACACCUUAUUUAAUAAUCUGAAGAAAAAAGGCCAUGACCUUCUCAACCACAAAAACCCAGCCUUUGAGGAAGACUUUGAGAGGUUUCUGGAUAAUGUUGAGGACUUAAAGACCCAAAUUGCAAAGUUCAUGGUUAAUCAUAUCAGGAAUAUUAAAGGAAGUUUAAACAAACUGAUUAUAACUAGAAAUUUUGAGUUAUUGAAGCUUAGCUUUUUGGACACUGAAUGUGAAUACUCUAAUAUUUUAACUUUUUAUGGCGAAGAGCUUGAUGCUAUAAUGCAGAUGUAUGAUAGAGAGAAAGACGAUCCUCAAGUACAAAGAAAUAUGCCGCCCAUAGCUGGAAGGAUCUCAUUUCUAAGACAAAUUUUGAGCCAUAUUGCUGAGCCCAUAUUUCUUUUACAGAAAUACAGCCCCUGUGUCCUGAAGACAAAACCAGGAAAGAAGAUCACAUACCGCUACAAUAAAUUUGUGAUCCUGCUUGUAAAGACAGAGGUCAUGUUGCAUAUCAUGUGGUUUAGAUCAGUCCCUGAAAUAGAUUACAAUCUGCAAGUUCCAUUACUGAUAAAAAACCAAAGCAUCAAAGAAUAUGUUAUCAAUUUUGAUUUUGCCAUACUGGAAGUAUUGAAAGAGGCUUUCUACAUGGUCAAACUUGGACUCCAUGUCCCCAGAAAUGUCAUCAGGCUGAUUUUUGUGAGAAAUAAGAUAUCCUCUAUAUACUUCAUGCUAAUGGAACUGCUGGCUGAAUUGAAGGAGAUUAAAUCCAUGAUUCCAGACUUAUUUUUGCCUCUGAUGAUGCCAUCAAUCUACAAGAUUGACAGUCUGAUAUUGGUUGGAGAGACCUCCUUGACUUGGACCUCCUUGGAGGUGUCAGACUACUUCAUCACUGUGGAGAAAGCUUUUGCAGACCUGAAAAAUGCCAUUAAACUAAUCACCGACAUGAAAGCAUUAAGGAUUGACAAGAAGCUGGCUCAGAUGUCUGAAAUGAAUGCUUUGCCGCUACCCACUACAACCACUUGGUCAGUGGAAGAGUUUCUUAAUAAUACCAAGGAAGUCACUAAGGAAGUAGGUAAUGAGCUGAGUGCUUUGAAUAGAGUCCUUGCUGAAAAUGUUUACGAACUGAUCAACUUGUUCAUAGGUCAUGUGGCCCAUGAGUACAAUGAUCUGGAGACAAUAUACGCAGCUGAGCAAAAAAUUGUGGAAAAUGAUAACAAAAAACCUCUCAGGAUGGAUCAGUUACAACAAGCCCUUGAAACUAUAAAUCCCAAUAUUGAGAAAAUGAUUCCUCCAGUUGAUGACAUCUUGAACAGAGAAAUGUAUAAGAAUGGUUGUCUUAACAUGUUUGAGGACUUUAAAAUCAAAAUGACUGAUGCACUGAUUAAAUGUGUCAAAUUAUCUCUAAUGUCCUUAAGGAAGCGGUUCUUAUGUGGGGUUCCAAGAGCUCUUGGAGCUUCCAUUGAAGAUGAGAUGAGAGGACCUUCACGGCCAUUUCUUAAGCUUUUUGUACAGCUGGAGAACAAAACAGUGAUUACAAGCCCGAAGUUGGAGCUUGUGAGCAGUGCUUUCAACAAAGUAGCACAAAUGGUUCAGGACAUUGGUAAAAGAAUUUUUAUUUGGAGUGAUCCACCUGCAUCUCUCUUUGCCAAACUGGAACUUAAAAGUCAAAUUAAAGUAUCUGAACCUAUGAUCCUACUGCAGAAGAACUGCUACAAGCUGUUAAUGGAGAACAAAGAUGUGGUCAAGUACAACAACAUGGGUCUGAUGUUUACUCCCUUCAUUGAGGAGAUCAAGAAGGCUCUGAAGAUAUUCAAGAACUUUGAGCACAUCUGGAUGGAAGACAAAGAAGAAAAGCUGCAGGAAUUCUUGAAAACCAAUCCUGGCCUCUAUGAAUUCAAAGAAGAAUAUAUCAGACUUCAGAAGCUGUCUAAAAGGGUAGACAAUAUUGUUCCAGAGAUAGCAAUAGGAAACAUUUGUUUGGAUACUGAGACAAUUAAGUUAACUCUACAGGAAGAGAUUGUGGAAUGGAUGUAUGCAUACGGCAUCAAGUUCAAUGCCAUAAUUCGUCAGAACAUGGAGGAGAUUGCCCAGUUCAUUUCAGAAAAGCACAAGCUACUAAAUAAACCUGUCAAGGACCUGGAUGACAUACGACUGGCCAUGUCAGCACUGCAGGCCAUCAGGGAAAACUAUAUCCACUUGGAUGAGCAGAUAACACCUAUAGAGGAAUGCUAUGCGUUGAUGUCCAGCUUUGGAUUUGUUGUGAAACAGGAGGAGAUUGAAAAAGCAGAAUCUCUCCGCUACGCUUAUGAAAAGUUAAUGAUAUCUUGCACCCAGGUAACAGAUCAUUUGGUGGAGAUCCAAGGAGACUGUAAGGCAGAGUUGACAACAGAUGUGGAAGUGCUUCAUGCUGAGAUCGCUCAUUUUGUUUCAGAUUAUUACAAAAAAGGUCCAAUGGAGCCAGGUAUUCCUCCUGCUGUGGCUAAUGAAAGACUUCAAAAUUUCCAGGCACAGUUUGACUACUUGAUUAGAAAGCACACCGCCAACUUAGAAGGGGAAGAACUGUUUGGAUUACCACGAACUGAGGAACAUGAGUUUACUUUAGUUCGCAAAGAGCUGACCUUGCUUCAGAAGCUGUAUGGCCUGUACACAAGUGUAAUGACCAGUAUAGAUGGUUAUAAUGAAAUGAACUGGCUGGAUAUCAACUGUGAGAAAAUCAAUGCAGAGCUGACAGAGCUACAGAACAGGUGUCGUCGCCUACCAAAAGGAUUAAAAGAUUGGCAAGCUUACAAUGACCUCAAAAAAAAAAUCGAUGACUUUAAUGAAACAGUUCCUCUCUUGGAACUGAUGGCAAACAAGUCGAUGGCCACUCGGCACUGGAUGAAAAUAGAACAAGCAGCCAACUACAAGUUUGAUUUUGACCUCUCGUUUGACCAGCCAAUGGACCUUGUGAUGGAGAAUGUUCGUUUGAAAGAUAUAAUGAAAGCUCCGUUAUUACCUGUCAAAGAUGAUGUUGAGGACAUUUGUAUCUCUGCUGUGAAGGAGAAGGACAUUGAGGCUAAACUGAAGAUGGUCAUGAAUGACUGGUCCAACAGGACCCUCACAUUUGCCAAUUUCAAGAACAGGGGUGAGCUGCUCCUCAAGUCCAGCGAAGCAUUGGAAACCAUCAGUAUGCUAGAGGACUCCCUGAUGGUGCUCAGCUCUUUGAUCACCAACAGGUACAAUGCUCCAUAUAAAAAUAAGAUACAGGCCUGGGUCCACUUUCUGAGCACCACAGCAGAUGUCUUGGAGCAGUGGAUUACUGUACAGAACACCUGGGUCUACUUGGAGGCUGUUUUUGUUGGUGGAGAUAUUGCCAAACAGUUACCACAGGAGUCCAAACGUUUCUCUGCCAUAGACAAGUCCUGGUUGAAGAUCAUGCAAAGAGCUCAUGAGAAUGACAAUGUCAUAUCUUGUUGUGCAGGGGACGACAUGAUGAUUCAGAUACUGCCACACCUGUUUGAACAACUGGAGCUGUGUCAGAAGUCUCUCACAGGGUACUUGGAGAAGAAAAGACUUUUAUUCCCCAGAUUUUUCUUUGUGUCUGAUCCAGCACUGCUGGAAAUAUUGGGACAAGCCAGUGAUUGUCACACUAUUCAGGCUCACCUUCUUGGUCUGUUUGAUAACAUCAAGUCUGUAGAGUUUCAUGAGAAAGUGUAUGACCUCAUUAUCACUUGUAUUUCCAGGGAAGGAGAAAAAAUUGCUCUGGACAAACCAGUCAAGUGUGAGCACAAUGUUGAGAUAUGGCUGGACAUACUUAUGAAUGAGCAGCAAAGUUCCCUCCAUAUCAUUAUACGAGACGCUUACCGCAGCAUCACCAGCCCAGACUAUGACCUGUAUACGUUCCUCAGUCAUUUCCCAGCCCAGGUUGGCUUGCUGGGCAUACAGUUCCUUUGGACUAAAACUGCAGAAGAAGCUUUGAAAGGGGCCAAGUUUGAUAGGAAGUUUAUGAUCAACGCCAACAAUUUCUUCAUGCUCCUCCUGAAUAUGCUGAUUGCUAAGACUACCGAGAACCUGACCGCCAUGGACCGUGUGAAAUACGAGACAUUAAUCACUAUCCACGUCCACCAGAGAGACAUAUUUGAUGACCUGACCAAACGCAAUGUAAACUCUCCAGUAAACUUUGAUUGGUUGAAGCAGGCCAGAUUCUACUACAAUGAGGAGGUUGAUUUAGCAAUCAUUCGUAUUACUGAUGUGAUGUUCACUUACCAGAAUGAAUACCUGGGGUGUACUGACAGGCUUGUUAUCACACCACUAACUGACAGGUGUUAUAUAACAUUAGCUCAGGCUCUCUGGAUGUCACUGGGUGGAGCCCCAGCUGGACCUGCAGGCACUGGAAAGACAGAGACCACUAAAGAUAUGGGCAGGUGUCUUGGGAAAUAUGUUGUUGUCUUCAACUGUUCUGACCAAAUGGAUUUCCGAGGCCUCGGACGCAUCUAUAAAGGACUUGCUCAGUCAGGUGCCUGGGGCUGUUUUGAUGAGUUCAACCGUAUUGAGCUGCCUGUCCUGUCAGUGGCCGCCCAACAGAUUUACAUCGUGUUGAAUGCCAAGAAAGACAAGAAGAAAGAAUUUAUCUUCACAGACGGCGACAGAGUUCUGCUGAAUCCUGAAUUUGGUAUCUUCUUAACUAUGAAUCCUGGCUAUGCUGGAAGACAGGAAUUGCCAGAAAAUUUGAAAAUUAUGUUUCGAACUGUUUCUAUGAUGGUGCCAGAUAGGCAGAUAAUCAUGAGAGUCAAACUUGCAUCCUGUGGUUUUAUUGAAAACAUAAUCCUAGCCCAGAAGUUUUAUACUUUAUACAAGUUGUGUGAGGAGCAGCUGUCAAAACAGGUACACUACGAUUUUGGGCUUCGUAAUAUUUUGUCUGUCCUGAGAACUUUGGGUGCAGAGAAGAGGUCAAGGCCAGAAGACACGGAGACAACCAUUGUAAUGAGAGUACUUCGUGAUAUGAACUUGUCCAAACUGGUUGAUGAGGAUGAGCCCCUAUUUCUGAGUUUAAUUUCUGACCUGUUUCCUGGCAUAAGUCUGGACAGUGCCUCUUACCUCGAUCUGCAGUCAGUUUUAGCUACACAAAUUAAUGAAGCACAGCUCAUUAAUUAUGAAUCCUGGAAUUUAAAAAUUGUUCAGCUAUUUGAGACCCAACGUGUAAGACAUGGCAUCAUGACCCUGGGUCCAACUGGCACAGGUAAAACAUGCUGCAUACGAAUGCUUAUGAAGGCCAUGACUGAACUAGGCAACCCCCACAGAGAGAUGAGAAUGAAUCCCAAGGCCAUCACUGCCCCUCAGAUGUUUGGUAGGUUAGACGCGGCCACCAAUGACUGGACAGAUGGCAUAUUUUCCACACUCUGGAGGAGAACACUUAAAAUUAAAAAAGGCUCCCACGUUUGGCUAAUUCUGGAUGGCCCAGUGGAUGCAGUGUGGAUUGAGAACCUCAACUCUGUGCUGGAUGACAACAAGACCCUGACCUUAGCCAACGGGGAUCGCAUCCCCAUGUCUCCGACGUGUAAACUGAUCUUUGAAGUGCACAACAUUGACAAUGCCUCACCUGCCACUGUCUCCAGAAAUGGGAUGAUCUUCAUGUCAAGCUCUGUGUUGCCAUGGCUACCAAUACUUCAGGGUUGGCUGCUGAAAAGAUCUGUUCAUGAAAGAAUGCUUUUGGUCCCAUUGUUUGAGAGCCUGUAUGAUGACACUGAGCACUUCACUAUUCUUCACACUGAAGCCAAAAUGGAGGUGCACUCUUGUAUAAAAAUCAAGCAGAUGUGUGACCUGCUCCAAGGCCUGAUCCCUGCCUCUAUAGAGGACAAGAACAAACACUUUCAUCCCAAGCACAUGGAUCAUCUGUUUAUCUUCUGUCUGAUGUGGAGUCUUGGAGCACUUCUAGAGCUGGAUGACAGAGUCAAAAUGCAGGAGUUUCUGUUAAGACACAAAUCUAAACUCAACUACCCAAAAAUAUGUGGAGAAGAAACUAUAUUUGAAUAUAUGGUUGGACCUGAAGGUCAGUGGUUACAUUGGCGCACCAAAGUGGAACAGUACAUUUAUCCUUCAGACAGUGUACCUUUGUUUUCUACAAUACUUGUACCCAAUGUAGACAACGUCAGAACUGAUUACCUUAUUGAAGUCAUAGGCAAACAGUCAUUGGGUGUCCUGUUGAUAGGAGAACAGGGUACAGCCAAGACUGUCAUGAUACAAGCUUCAAUGGCCAAAGCCAACCCAGAAGAGAGGCUGAGCAAAAGUUUUAAUUUUUCAUCAGCCACUACCCCUGGCAUGUUUCAAAGAACUAUUGAAAGCUAUGUUGAAAAACGUGUUGGCACAACCUAUGGACCCCCUGGAGGAAAGUCGAUGACAGUUUUUAUAGAUGAUAUUAAUAUGCCCAUUAUCAAUGAAUGGGGUGACCAGGUGACCAAUGAAAUAACAAGACAGAUGAUGGAAAUGAAAGGGAUGUACAGCUUGGAUAAGCCAGGGGAUUUUCUGGAUAUUGUGGAUAUCUCCUUCAAGGCUGCCAUGAUUCAUCCAGGUGGAGGGCGCAAUGACAUACCAGAGAGGCUGAAAAGACAGUUUUGCAUUUUUAACUGCACCUUGCCAUCCAACCAUUCAAUAGAUAAAAUAUUUGGAAUCAUUGGACAAGGCUAUUUCUGUGAGUCCAGAUUUUUAGAGCCAGUUGUAGAGAUUGUCAAAUACUUAGUUCCAUGCACUCGUAUUCUUUGGCAAAGAACAAAGAUCAAAAUGCUGCCAACGCCAGCCAAAUUUCAUUAUAUUUUUAACUUGAGAGAUCUGUCUCGUAUCUGGCAAGGUAUGCUGUACAUAGAAGGUAAUGAAUGCAGCACAGUCAGGACCGUCAUUAACUUAUGGAAGCAUGAAGUGUGUCGUGUCAUUGAAGACAGGUUUAUAAAUGAUGAGGACAAAUCCUGGUUCCAGAAUGCUCUCUAUUCUGUCAUAUCUGAAGUGAUUGGGACAGAAGUUGCAGAUAUGAUGAUGCCGUUUCCUCACUUUGUGGACUUCAUGAGGGAUAUCGUUGAGGAAUUAAUUCUGGAGGAUACUGGAAGUCUGCAAACUGGACAAUCUCAGAUGAUGCCAAAAGUUUAUGAAAUGGUUGAGGAAUAUGAUAUUCUGAGAUCACGCCUACAAGCUUUCAUGAAAGAUUACAAUGAACAGAUUCGAGGAUCUCACAUGAACUUGGUUUUUUUCAAAGAUGCCAUGAUUCAUCUGACCAAAGUGUCAAGAAUAAUCCGGACAAACAGAGGUGCUGCUUUACUUGUCGGAGUUGGCGGCUCCGGCAAGCAAUCUUUGACUAGACUAGCAUCUUUCAUUGCUGGCUAUCAAUCAUUUCAAAUUAUGAUUUCCAAGACCUACACCAUGACCAAUCUGAUGGAGGACUUCAAGUUCACAUAUAAAGUGUCUGGCUUUCAAGGUCUUGGCAUCACAUUUAUAUUCACUGACAAUGAAAUCAAAGAGGAGUAUUAUUUGGAAUAUAUUAAUAACAUUCUGAAUUCAGGGGAGAUCUCCAACUUGUUCCCUAAAGAUGAAUUGCUAGAAAUAUGUAAUGACCUGGCUCCGAUUAUGAAAAAAGAGUUUCCCAGGAGGCCACCCACUAUAGAGAACUUGUAUGAUUAUUUCUUGGCACGGGCUAGGUCCAAUCUGCACAUUGUUCUGUGUUUCUCACCAGUUGGCAAUAAAUUUCGCAUGCGCUCCCUCAAGUUUCCUGGCCUCAUUUCUGGCUGCACCAUGGACUGGUACAGCAAGUGGCCACGUGAGGCCCUGAUCGAUGUUUCAUUUUAUUUCCUGGAACACUUUGAAAUGGAAGCUACCGAUGAGGCCAAGAACAACCUAAUAGAGCUGAUGGGGACUGUCCAUGAUCAAGUAUCAAACCUCUGCUUUGAUUAUUUUCAAAGAUUUCGGCGUCAAGCUAAUGUGACUCCCAAGUCGUAUCUUUCCUUUCUAGAUGGUUAUAAAAAUCUGUAUCAGAUUAAAGUUGAUAGUCUGAAAGAGCUGGAAAGGAAAAUGUUGAUAGGUCUGGAGAAACUGGCGGAGGCUGCAGACUCAGUGGACCAGCUGAGUCAAGAUCUGGUUGUCAAGGAGAAAGAAUUGGAAAUAGCUAAUGUGGCAGCAGACAAGAUAGUUCUGGAGGUGUCCAUAAUGGCUGAGGCUGCAGAGAAGGUCAAGGCUUCUGUGCAGAAAGUGAAGGACAGAGCUCAGAAGAUUGUCAAUGAUAUUGCUGUGGAGAAGGCUCUGGCCGAGUCCAAACUUGAGGAAGCCAAGCCUGCCCUACAGGCAGCAGAGGAUGCACUCAAGACUAUAAAGCCUGCAGAUAUUGCCACAGUGAAGAAGCUUGGCAAGCCUCCACACCUGAUCAUGAGGAUCAUGGAUUGCUGCUUGAUCCUUUUUAGGAAAAAAUUAGACAUCUUUGAACUAGACAGUGAACGACCUUGUCCUAAACCUUCAUGGGGUGAAGGGUUAAAGCUGAUGGGUAAUAUGGGCUUCCUGCUGUCAUUGGUGGAAUUCAAUAAGGACACCAUUACAGGGGAAAUAGUGGAGCUGAUGGAGCCUUACUUUAAAAUGGAUGAUUAUACUUAUGAUUCUGCUUUAAAGGCAUGUGGCAAUGUGGCUGGUCUCUUGUCCUGGACUCUAGCCAUGGCUGCCUUUUAUGCCAUCAACAAGGAAGUGCUUCCUCUUAAAGUGAACCUUGUGCUCCAAGAAGGCCGACUGAAUGUUGCCAUUGCAGAGCUUCAAGUGGCCCAGGCUGCACUGGAUGAGAAACAAGCUGAGCUCAAUGUGGUCCAGGCCAAGUAUGAUGCUGCCAUGGGAAAGAAAAAAAAUCUAAUGGAAGAUGCUGAAGCAACACGCAGGAGGAUGGAAGCUGCAACAGCUCUGAUAGGUGGCCUUGGAGGUGAACAGGCUAGGUGGUCAUCUCAGAGUCAAGAGUUCAGGAAUCAAAUCAUUUGCCUGACAGGUGAUGUACUGAUCUGUACUGGAUUCUUGUCUUAUGCUGGACCUUUUAAUCAGAUGUUCAGAAACAAACUCAUUACCACCUGGUGCGCAGAGCUGAAUGCUAGAAAAAUACCUUUCACUAAAACUAUCAAUAUAGUGGAUUCUCUGGUGGAUACUACCACUAUUGCCGAAUGGAAUGUGGAAGGUCUACCCAGUGACGACCUGUCUGUACAGAAUGGUAUUAUCACCACCAUGGCCACCCGCUAUCCAUUAUUGAUUGACCCCCAGCACCAGGGUAAGACAUGGAUCAAACAUAGAGAAAAGAAAAGACAUCUUCAGGUGACAUCUCUCAGUCAUAAGUACUUCAGGCAGCACCUGGAAGAUGCCCUGAGUCUGGGCAGACCUUUGCUCAUUGAAGAUGUGCAGGAAGACCUGGACCCUUCGCUAGACAACAUUUUGGAUAAAAAUUUUAUCAAGUCAGGCUCCAUGCUGAAGGUGAAAGUUGGAGACAAAGAGUGUGACAUCACAUCAACCUUCUAUUUGUACAUCACCACAAAGUUAGCCAAUCCAGUUUAUUCCCCAGAGGUCAGUGCUCGAACAUCAAUUAUUGACUUCACAGUGACUCAAAAAGGAUUGGAGGACCAACUUCUAGGCCGAGUUCUUGUGACAGAAAAAAGGGAGCUGGAAGAAGAGAGAAGCAAGUUGGCCAUUGAUGUUGUGGCCAACAAGCGCAAGAUCAAAGAGCUAGAAGAGAACUUGUUGUUUAUCCUCACAAGUAUUCAGGGCUCCUUGGUAGAUGACCCAACCCUGAUUGAAGUUCUCAGAAACACCAAGAAGACUUCAGCUGAAGUGACGGAGAAAUUGGCUAUAGCAGCAGAGACUAGCCUUGAAAUACAUACUGCUAGAGAGGAAUUUAGACCAGUGGCUGCUCGAGGCAGUAUUCUUUAUUUCCUGCUGUGUGACAUGGCCAUGGUGAAUCACAUGUACUCCACGUCUCUCAUCCAGUUUCUGGUUCUCUUUGAUGAGUCAAUGGCCAGAUCUAAACCUAAUUUCAACACUCAGAAACGUAUUUCCAACAUUAUUGAAUACUUGACUUUUGCUGUGUGGGUCUAUACAACUAGAUCUUUAUACAACCAAGACAGACAACUCUUCACACUUCUUCUAGCUGUGAAGAUAGACUUAGCUAGAGGACUGAUAAAAAAUACAGAAUUUCAAGCCUUUAUCAAAGGUGGCGCUGCCCUAGACAUGAAUGCUGUGACCCCAAAACCAGCCAGGUGGAUAUCAGAUGUCACAUGGUUGAAUCUCGUCAAGCUAAGUGAGCUCUCCAUCUUUAGAAACAUUUUGACACAGGUGGCUUCAAAUGAGAAAGCCUGGAAGCAUUGGUACGACAAGCCAGCACCUGAAGAAGAUGUUAUUCCAGAGAACUAUGGCAACAUGCUGGAUCCCUUUAACAAACUUUUGCUCAUCAGGAGUUGGUGCCCUGACCGAACGUCUGUACAAGCCAGAGACUACAUUAGCAACUCACUGGGAACCCGUUACACUGAAGCUGUCAUUCUUGACAUAGAAGCCAUGUAUGAAGAGUCCAAACCCAGAACACCAUUGAUUGCUUUACUGUCCAUGGGAUCUGACCCGACCAAUGAGAUUGAAAGUCUUUCCAAAAGGGUUGAGAUAUCCUUUCAAGCUGUAUCCAUGGGUCAAGGUCAGGAAGUUCAUGCUCGUAAAUUGAUUGGCAAAUACAUGGAAGAGGGAGGAUGGGCCUUGCUUCAGAAUUGUCACUUGUGCCUCCAGUACCUUGAAGAAGUCCUGGUCACAUUGACAGAACAUGAACACAUCAAUCCAUUUUUCCGUCUGUGGAUCACAACAGAAGUUCAUAAUCUGUUUUCUAUUGGAUUAUUACAGAUCUCCAUCAAGUUCACUAAUGAUCCUCCUCAAGGAAUUAAAGCUGGACUGAAGAGAACAUAUACAUUCCUAUCUCAGGAGUUCUUGGACAUCUUCAACCUGCCUCAGUGGCGGCCCUUGUUGUACACUACUUCCUUCUUACAUACAGUGGUACAGGAGCGACGAAAAUUUGGUCCAUUGGGCUGGAACAUACCGUAUGAGUUCAACUCUUCUGAUUGGUCAGCCAGUGUCCAGUUUAUACAGAAUCACCUUGAUGACAUGGAUUUAAAAAGAGGUAUCUCCUGGCCAACUGUCAGGUAUAUGAUUGGAGAAGUGCAAUAUGGUGGACGAGUGACUGAUGAUUUUGAUAAAAGAUUACUGAAUACCUUCACAAAGGUUUGGUUUGGAGACUUUAUGUUCCAUGAUUCUUUCCAGUUUUUCAAGAAUUACAAAAUCUCCAGAAAUCACCUCUUGACUGAAGUAAUGGAUUUUAUUGAAGCUUUGCCAGCAGUGGAUUCACCAGAGGCUCUUGGUCUGCAUCCUAAUGCAGACAUUACCUAUCAAACCAACACAGCCAAGCAAGUCUUAGACACUAUCAUACAGAUACAGCCUAAAGAUGCCAGUUCGGGCUGUGGUGAGACCAGAGAGUCUGUAGUCUAUAGGCUGGCAGAGGAACUUCUAUACAAAUUACCCCAUGAUUACAUACCUUGGGAUGUGAAGGAUAGACUGAAAAAAAUGGGCAAUCUCCAACCAUUGAAUAUUUUCUUGCGUCAGGAAAUAGAUAGAAUGCAGAGAGUGAUUUCUCUUGUCAGAGCCACAUUGACAGAUCUCAAAUUAGCUAUUGAAGGAACAAUCAUCAUGAGCGAGAAUCUGCGUGAUGCAUUGGACAAUUUGUUUGAUGCUAGAGUCCCUGCUCGCUGGAUUAGGUUCUCUUGGCAAAGCUCCACUAUUGGGUUCUGGUACACAGAUCUCCUGGAGAGAAAUACUCAGUUUGCCAACUGGAUAUUUCAAGGCAGACCAGUGGUUUUCUGGAUGACAGGAUUUUUCAACCCUCAAGGUUUUCUGACAGCCAUGAGACAGGAAGUGACGAGAGCUCAUAAAGGCUGGGCUUUAGACAGUGUAUCUCUGCAUAAUGACAUCACAAAGUUUUUCAAAGAUGACAUCAACAUAGCUCCUCCAGAGGGUGUCUAUAUCUAUGGCUUGUUCUUGGAUGGAGCUCAGUGGGACAGAAGAAAUAGCAGACUAGCAGAGUCUCAGCCAAAAGUGCUAUUUGUGGCACUUCCUGUUGUACACAUGUAUGCAAUCAAUUCAACAUCACCAAAGGAUCCCAAGUUGUACCAGUGCCCAGUUUAUAAGAAGCCAUGUCGAACUGACCUGACCUACGUCACCACUAUUUACAUGAGAACUACCCAGAGUCCUGACUUAUGGAUCCUGCGUGGAGUUGCAGCACUUUGCGAUAUCAAAUAACUUUAGCCAAGUUAGGAUUGCUUCUCCUUUUAUUAGAUAACUUGAAGCAAUAGGGUUGUAUGUAACAUCAAAUAACUGAAGUCUACUAGUUGUUUGUUAUAUCAAAUAGCUGGAGUCUACUGAAGCAUUGUUGUUUGUGAUAUGAUAAAACUGGAGCCUACUUGCCCAAUGUUGUUUGUGAUAUGAUAAAACUGGAGCCUACUUGCCCAAUGUUGUUUGUGAUAUGAUAAAACUGGAGCCUACUCGGCCAAUGUUGUUGUUUGUGAUAUGAUAAAACUGGAGCCUACUUGCCCAAUGUUGUUUGUGAUAUGAUAAAACUGGAGCCUACUUGCCCAAUGUUGUUUGUGAUAUGAUAAAACUGGAGCCUACUUGCCCAAUGUUGUUUGUGAUAUGAUAAAACUGGAGCCUACUUGGCCAAUGUUGUUUGUGAUAUGAUAAAACUGGAGCCUACUUGGCCAAUGUUGUUGUUUGUGAUAUGAUAAAAUUGGAGCCUACUUGGCCAAUGUUGUUGUUUGUGAUAUGAUAAAACUGGAGCCUACUUGCCCAAUGUUGUUUGUGAUAUGAUAAAACUGGAGCCUACUUGCCCAAUGUUGUUUGUGAUAUGAUAAAACUGGAGCCUACUUGGCCAAUGUUGUUGUUUGUGAUAUGAUAAAACUGGAGCCUACUUGCCCAAUGUUGUUUGUGAUAUGAUAAAACUGGAGCCUACUUGCCCAAUGUUGUUUGUGAUAUGAUAAAACUGGAGCCUACUUGGCGAAUGUUGUUUGUGAUAUGAUAAACUGGAGCCUACUUGGCCAAUGUUGUUGUUUGUGAUAUGAUAAAACUGGAGCCUACUUGCCCAAUGUUGUUGUUUGUGAUAUGAUAAAACUGGAGCCUACUUGGCCAAUGUUGUUGUUUGUGAUAUGAUAAAACUGGAGCCUACUUGGCCAAUGUUGUUGUUUGUGAUAUGAUAAAACUGGAGCCUACUUGCCCAAUGUUGUUUGUGAUAUGAUAAAACUGGAGCCUACUUGGCCAAUGUUGUUUGUGAUAUGAUAAAACUGGAGCCUACUUGGCCAAUGUUGUUUGUGAUAUGAUAAAACUGGAGCCUACUUGGCCAAUGUUGUUGUUUGUGAUAUGAUAAAACUGGAGCCUACUUGGCCAAUGUUGUUGUUUGUGAUAUGAUAAAACUGGAGCCUACUUGGCCAAUGUUUUUGUUUGUGAUAUGAUAAAACUGGAGCCUACUUGCCCAAUGUUGUUUGUGAUAUGAUAAAACUGGAGCCUACUUGGCCAAUGUUUGUGAUAUGAUAAAACUGGAGCCUACUUGCCCAAUGUUGUUGUUUGUGAUAUGAUAAAACUGGAGCCUACUUGGCCAAUGUUGUUGUUUGUGAUAUGAUAAAACUGGAGCCUACUUGCCCAAUGUUGUUUGUGAUAUGAUAAAACUGGAGCCUACUUGGCCAAUGUUUGUGAUAUGAUAAAACUGGAGCCUACUUGCCCAAUGUUGUUGUUUGUGAUAUGAUAAAACUGGAGCCUACUUGGCCAAUGUUGUUGUUUGUGAUAUUAACAAACUGGAGGAACCUGUUUAUUUGUCAGUGUGAGUGUGAUCAAUGAUUUAUUGUGACACUCUGCCAGCUAUGUCUUACACUUGUAUGUAGGUUAUCAUUAAAAUAACUUUGUUCAUUAAAAAAUUAUGUAUUCUUAUUAUAUAUUUGAUCUUUCAUAAUCUUAUGUCUGCUGUAUUGUUAUAAGGAUGUGAUUUCAAUAAAAUUGAAGAUUUUGUAAUGCU